AUGGAUCCUCCACAAGGUGAUUUCAAGCAAAAACAGGUGAACAAGAAAAAAAGGAUCAUCUACGAUUCAGAUUCGGAAGAGGAGGUGCCGUUAAUAAAAAAAUCUAAGCCGCCAGAGAGAACGUUGUCUUCAAAACCUGCUAAGCUGCUAAAGAAGGACCCCGUGGCUUAUUUUUGUCACUCAGAUGAAGACGAGGACUUUGUGAAGAAGAAAGACCCCCCCAAAGUUAAACAGUUUGAGACGUCGGUGAAGAUUAAUCCAGGAACGACGGGAAUAUCCCAGCCGGCUUCCAAACCAAAAGUCAAAAGCAGACCCUUAUCUCCGGUGAAACUGACGCCGACAUCUGUCAUUGAUUACUUUGGGACUGCCAGCGUUCAACGGUCGGAGAAGAAGCUGGUGUCAAGCAAGCGAAAAGAACCGUGGCCAAGCAAGGAUUCCACCAUCAACGAUGAGGCUAUCGCUAAAGAACUACAGUUGGAAGAGAAGUCUAAGUGGGAAAGACAAUUGCACGAAGACGAAGAAUUUGCACAGACGUUGGCUAUGCUGGAUGAGACACCCAGAAAGAAAAAACCUCGAAAAGAGGAAUGUCAACCGUCAAAAUCGGGCGAAAGAGACAAAAAUAAACAGGCUCACAAAGGGAAAUCCACAAUUUCCGCUUUAGAUUCUCAACCUCAUUCCGCAAAGGAUCAGGUUCAGUCAGACAGUGUUCUCCACCCAGAAUCUUCUGCGACGAAGGAGGAGGUGGAUUGGGGGACUAAAGGGGGGUCGUCGAAGGCUUCCUCCAAGUUAACUCCACUCAAGCCAAAAGCAGGAGCUAUCAAAACCGAAAAUGGGACCUCCAAAGGAGAGAACCACAAGAAAGAAACGGUAACUCCAGCCGGGAAAACAAUUUCGCCCAAAAUCAAGACACCUACAAAGGUGAAGGUUUCUCCUGAACAAUCCAAGUCCAUCAGUCCUGAGGACUCGGCGGAAAAGAAGCGGACAAAUUACACGGCCUACAGAAGCUUCCUCAACCGGGAAGGUCCGAAGGCCCUCGGCUCAAAAGAAAUACCCCAAGGCGGUGAAAAUUGCCUGGAAGGCAUGACGUUUGUGAUCACCGGAGUCCUGGAAUCUAUUGAACGCGAUGAGGCCAAGUCUCUGAUUGAGCGCUACGGGGGGAAAGUCACUGGAAACAUCAGCAAGAAGACAAAUUACCUGGUUAAAGGCCGAGACUGUGGCGCGUCCAAGUGUGAAAAGGCAUCGGCUUUAGGGACGAAGAUUAUCGAUGAAGACGGGCUGUUCGACCUGAUACGAAAUACUCCAGGGAAGAGGUCCAAGUAUGAAAUAGCAGCUGAAACAGAGGCCAAGAAAGCGAAGUCCAGGGACGACAAAACGGAAACGAAAGCCGAAAAGAAGAAAGUCAGCCCCGCAAAGCCGGACUCCAACUGCCGCAAGAAAAGCUCCCUGGCGGAAAAGACGGACUCUUUCAGAUCCGUCAAACAGGAAUCCGGGACAGUAAGGAGAGGGCUGGAUUUUGAGCAGAAACUCCUGGAGGAGGAGAAGAAAGUUCCCGCCGAGGAAAAAAACUCAGUUCGCGAAUCAAAGAAAAACAGAGGCGAAGUGUUGUUGUGGGUGGACAAAUACAAGCCUACAUCUAUCAAAACCGUCAUUGGGCAGCAAGGCGAGCAGAGCUGCGCUCACAAACUCCUCCGUUGGCUUAAAAACUGGCAGAAGAAUUCUUCGGAAGACAAACAGGUCAAAUCCGGUAAGUUUGGAAGCAAAGAUGAUGGCGCUCAUUCCAAAGCAGCUUUGCUCUCCGGGCCUCCGGGAGUAGGCAAAACCACAACGGCAUCGUUAGCUUGUGAGGAACUCGGUUUGAGCUACGUGGAGCUGAAUGCGAGUGACACGCGCAGCAAGAACAGCCUGAAGGAGGUGGUGGCUGAAUCUCUGAAUAACACCAGCAUCAAAGGAUUCUGCUCAGGGACGUCACGCUCCGUCAGUGCAAAACACGUCCUCAUAAUGGACGAGGUCGAUGGGAUGGCUGGCAACGAGGACAGAGGUGGGAUACAGGAGCUAAUUGAUCUGAUUAAGCACACAAAAGUUCCAAUAAUUUGCAUGUGUAACGAUCGGAACCAUCCCAAGAUCCGCUCUUUGGCCCACUACUGUUUUGACCUUCGUUUCCCGAGGCCGAGGGUAGAGCAGAUCAAGGGCGCUAUGAUGUCCAUCGCUUUCAAAGAAGGAUUAAAGAUUCCACCGCCGGCAAUGAACGAACUCAUUCUGGCAGCUAAUCAGGACAUCAGACAAGUAUUGCAUAAUCUCAGCCUGUGGUGCGCAAGAGACAAAACCUUGACUUACGACGGUGUCAAAGAAGACGCCAGCAAAGCCAAAAAGGAUAUUAAGCUGGUAAGUUGGAUCGAAGGCCCAGGGGGUGUGUUUAGAUCUGCCUAG